CUUGUCCAAUUCAUGAAGGCUAUAGCGGAGAUAGCUCGUGGAGCUUUCGCUCCAUCUAUUUUUCCAAUAUGGCAAAGAGAUCUCUUAAUUCAAGAGACCCUCCAAGAGUCACUUGUCACCAUCGUGAAUACGACCAAGUUGUUGUCGCCGAGGGCAACCUCAUGCCCAUCGACAACAUGGCCCACCGCUUCAUUUUCUUUAGUCCCCUCCAAAUCUCCGCCCUUCCCCAUACUUUAUCCAUCCACCUUCGCCACUGUUCCUCCUUCGAGCUCAUCGCAGCCUAUGUUUGGUGCCUCCGUACCAUAGCCCUUCAACUUAGCCCAGAGGAGGAAGUGCGCUUUCUUUGCCCCAUGAACCUACGUUCCAAGAUCAACUCUUUACCGAUAGGAUAUUACGGUAAUGCAUUUGUUUUCUCUGCGGAACUCAUCACAGCCGCAAAGCUUUGUGGGAACCCACUAGGUUAUGCUGUAGAGUUGAUUAGGAAGACUAAGACUAAGAUGACGAAUGAUUACGUAAAGUCCGUUGUGGAUCUUAUGAUAAUUAAAGAACGGCCCCAUUACAAUGAAGCCGGGUCAUUCAUUAUAUCAGACAUAACGAGAAUUGGGUUUGAAGAGGUAGACUUUGGAUGGGGAAAGACCAUUUUUGGAGGACUUACAAUAGGAGGGCUUGGAACAACCCCUGGAACGAUAAGCUUUUGUAUACCUUUCAUGAAUAAAAAUGGAGAAAAGGGAAUUAUGGAACCUCUCUGCUUGCGGCAGAGUUUCAUGCCAUGUCGAAUGUGGAAUAUUUGGUUGAUGAAGUUGAUAGCCAUUAGCAAAGGAUCAUUCCAUCUGCUUUGUAAUAAAAAUAAAAUGAUAACGAGUGAUAUGCAUGGCCCGAAAAAUAUAUAUUUAGGCUAA